AUGCCGAAUGCAAUAGGAAUUGACUUGGGAACAACGUAUAGUUGUGUCGGUGUGUUUCAACAUGGCAAAGUAGAGGUAAUCGCUAAUGACCAGGGUAACCGAACGACUCCGAGUUACGUCGCUUUCACCGACACCGAGAGGUUAAUCGGCGAUGCCGCUAAGAAUCAAGUUGCACUGAAUCCGCACAACACUGUUUUUGAUGCAAAGCGCUUAAUCGGCAGGCGUUUUGAGGAUGCCCCUGUACAAUCUGACAUGAAACACUGGCCGUUCAAGGUUAUAAAUGACGGCGGUAAACCCAAGGUGCAGGUUGAAUACAAGGGCGAAACGAAAACUUUUACACCUGAAGAAAUCAGCGCAAUGGUGUUGACAAAAAUGAAGGAGACUGCGGAAGCUUACCUUGGAAAGACCUGUAAAGAUGCGGUCAUUACGGUGCCGGCAUACUUCAACGAUUCGCAGCGACAGGCAACGAAAGAUGCGGGUACGAUUUCGGGGUUGAAUGUGCUUCGUAUCAUUAACGAGCCUACUGCUGCUGCCAUCGCAUAUGGUUUGGAUAAAAAGGGCACGGGUGAAAGAAACGUGUUGAUAUUCGAUCUUGGCGGUGGCACCUUCGAUGUUUCCAUCCUGACAAUCGAAGAUGGUAUAUUUGAAGUAAAGUCAACGGCGGGCGAUACACACUUGGGAGGCGAAGAUUUCGACAACCGAAUGGUGAAUCAUUUUGUAGCGGAGUUUAAGAGGAAACACAAGAAGGAUAUUUCGGGUAAUCCACGUGCUCUGCGGCGUUUAAGGACUGCCUGUGAACGAGCCAAGAGAACUUUGUCCAGUUCUACACAGGCUAGCAUUGAGAUCGAUAGCCUGUUCGAAGGAAUAGACUUCUACACGACUAUUACGAGAGCUAGGUUUGAAGAACUUAAUGCUGACUUGUUCAAUUCUACCUGUGAACCUGUGGAGAAGUCUCUGAGAGAUGCCAAACUUGACAAAUCUCAGAUCCAUGACGUAGUGCUUGUUGGCGGAUCUACUCGUAUUCCUAAGGUCCAGAAGUUGCUGCAGGACUUCUUCAAUGGAAAAGAGCUGAACAAGAGCAUAAACCCGGAUGAAGCGGUGGCAUAUGGCGCUGCUGUACAAGCGGCCAUUCUGUCAGGCGAAAAACACGAAGCAGUGCAAGAUCUUUUGCUCUUGGAUGUUACUCCGCUGUCUCUUGGUAUCGAAACUGCCGGCGGUGUCAUGACUGCGUUGAUCAAGCGUAAUACAACCAUACCAACCAAAGUAUCGCAGGUAUUCACAACCUACUCCGACAACCAACCUGGAGUUCUCAUUCAAGUUUAUGAAGGUGAAAGGGCUAUGACAAAGGACAAUAACCUGUUGGGUAAAUUCGAACUAACUGGAAUCCCACCUGCUCCGCGAGGUGUACCUCAAAUUGAGGUUACAUUCGAUAUCGAUGCUAACGGUAUAUUGAAUGUUGCUGCAGUUGAUAAGAGUACUGGACGACAGAACAAGAUCACCAUUACAAAUGACAAGGGUCGUCUAAGCAAAGAUGAAAUCGAUCGUAUGGUUAAGGAAGCAGAUCAGUACAGACAAGAGGAUGAAAAGCAGCGAGAUCGUAUACAGGCAAAAAACAACUUGGAAAGCUAUGCUUUCAACAUGAAAUCUACGAUCGAAGACGAAAAAUUAAAGGGCAAGAUAUCUGAUAGUGAUCGCGCUAAAAUCACAGAGAAGUGCAACGAGAUUGUCAAAUGGUUGGAUGCUAACCAGCUUGCUGAAAAAGAAGAAUUCGAACAUAAGCAAAAAGAGGUAGAAGAGAUCUGCAAUCCAAUCAUUACCAAGUUGUAUCAGGGAGGUGCUGGUGGCGUUCCUGGUGGUUUUCCGGGCGGUAUGCCUGGUGGAAAUAUGCCAGGCGGUGCACCAGGAGGAGCUUCAUCUGGCGGUGGCCCAACAAUUGAAGAGGUUGAUUAA